CUCAACAAUUCAACCAUCACCAAGAAAACCAAAGAAAUCAAACCAAACAACAGAACAAAAUGCCAAUGAACCUACAAGGCAGCUGCCAAUGCGGCGGCAUCGAAUUCACCCUCCAGUCCUCAACACCCGUCCCCUACCAGCUCUGCGCCUGCAGCAUCUGUCGCAAAGUCGGCGGAUACAGCGGGAGUGUUAACCUGGGUGGAAUCGCCUCUAGCCUUGAUAUUAAGAAGGGGAAGGAUUUGAUUAAAAAAUACUCGGCAAUCAAAAACCGCGGCCAAGCAGACGAGCAAGUCUGCUCCAGCGAGCGCAACUUCUGCUCGAAUUGCAGCACGAUGCUAUGGCUGUGGGACCACCACUGGCCCGAACUGAUCCAUCCGUUUGCGUCGGCGAUUGAUACCGAGUUGCCGGCUCCCGAUGAGAUGACUUGCAUUAUGGCGGGGUCGAAGCCGGCGUGGGUUCGUUGGCCGGAGGGGAAGAAGGUUGUUCGUGAAGUUUAUGGGGAGGAGAGUUUGGAGGGGUGGCAUAAGAAACAUAAUUUGUUUUAUCCUUAGGGGUGGUUGGAUAUGGAGUGGUUUACGGUGAUGGGGCUACGAAAUUAGGCUACACAUGGGAAGUAAAUAUUUUUGAAAU